CCGGUGUGAGAGGUCAGGUGUCCGUGUUUGAAAAUGCUAAAAACAUUAGCCGCUGUUAGCUCGGGUUAGCCGCCGUUAGCUCGGGUCAGCUCGGGUCAGCUCGGGUUAGCUCGGGUCAGCUCGGGUCAGUAGUUGAGAGUUUAAAUGUUUUAGUGAGAGGAGCUCGCGCAGCAGCGUCACGCGCAGCAGGAAGAACUGAGGCGGGUUCAACCGGUUCCGAUCGGUUCUCACCGGGUUCUGGACCCGUUUGAGGUCUGUUGGUGGUUCUGAGUGAGGAAGAGUUCGACCCGUCGCCAUGGAGUCAGAGCUGCUGAUUGGAUGGCAGCAGGAGAAGGCAGAGCUUAAACAGGAAGUGUCCCGUCUGCAGGAGGAGCUGGCAGACAGUCGGGCAGAGAGGGAGGAGCUGGAGUCCAGGAGCAGAGCUCUCAGUGACCGGCUGUACCAGUCAGUGUCUCCCUCGCUUGCCCUCUCUCUGCGGGUGGAGGGGGAGCAGAGAGAGUGGAGGAGGAAGAUGAGGGAGGGGAGAGAGAGAGAGGCCAGACAGGCUCUGCUCAUCCACCGACUGCAGAACAAGGUGUUGGAGUACAGACAGCGCUGUCAACAUGUGGAGCUGCAGCUGCAGGAUGAACAGACACAGCUGCUCCACACUGAGCAGAGGAUCAGAGAUGAACACAGUGACUCUCUGGAGAGCGCCCUCAUCAGGCUGGAGGAGGAACAACAGAGAUCAGUUGGUCUGGCUGACACGAACGCUCUCCUCCGGGAGCAGCUCAGCCAAUCAGAGCAGGCCAACCAGGCCCUGAGGGAGGACGUCCAGAAGCUGACAUCUGAUUGGACGAAAGCCGUGGAGGAGGCGGAGCAGAGGGAGUACGAUUGGCAGAGAGAGAGAGAGUGUCGGUCGGGUCAUGUGGGUCAGCAACAGGCUCGGUUGUUGUCAGUCUGGAGGUCUGUGGUCGCUCUGAGACGAGACUGUUACACCGUUAAAACCGCCGCCGACAGGGAUCUGUGGCAGUUGAGGGCGGAGUUUUCCCGUUUCUCCUCCUCUCUCCUGUCCAGCUGUGACUCUGUCUCCUCCUCCCUGAGGCUCAGCACUCCUCCCAUCAAACCCUCCUCCCCUAUGCCUCCCCCUCUUCUCCCCUCUGACCUCCCUCCCCCUUCCUCCUCUCCUCCUCUGUCCUCCACCCUGGUCCUCCCUCCUCCGGACUCCUUGCUGUCCGUUCCUCCUCACAUCUCCUCCUCCACCCUGGGAACCUUCACCUUGGGAGAGCUGGAGCACCACGAGGAGGAGCAGAGGAGGUGGGAGGAGAAGGAGCGAGAGCUUUCAGAACUGAAGCUUCUUCAUGAGAGAGAAAUGUUACAGCUGAAUGAACGGGUUGCGGAGCUGUCUCACUCACUGCAGGCUGUCGACAGUCAGAGGGAGAGAGAGGUAGAGAGACAUAGAGAAACAGAGAGAAGCCUGCAGUCUGUCAGUCAGGCUGUGAUCAAACUGUCCAGAGUCCUCAGCAGCAGCAGCAGCAGGUCUCUGUGCGUCCCCUCAGACAGCGUCCUGGAUCUGUCCUCCCUGCUGUCGGUCCUGUCUCACACUGAGAGUGCCCUGCAGUGGAGACACGAGGAACUGCAGGGGGCGGAGCUAUCUCUGCGGCGGCUCGGCGAGGAGAAAUCGGCUCUGCAGCUCCGACUGAAACAGCUGGAGGACGACAACCAGCAGCUGCACACGCACACGCAACACACACAGCUGGAGCUCACACACACUCUGGACACACUGAGCAGGGAGCGUGAGACGUCGUCCUCGCUGCGUCUGAAGGUGGAGGAGGUGGAGAGGAGGGAGGAGGAGGUGAAGAGAGAGAACGACAGGCUGAGGAGGGAGAGAGACAGACAUGAGGAGAGAAACAGACAGCUGGAGACAGAGACACACAGACGAGUUGAAACUGAGCUGCUGGAGAACGUCCAGCUGACUGAGAGAGAGACUCUGCACCGUUUGGAGAUCCACACUCUGAAGGGGGCGCUGGAGAGGCAGCAGUUGGACGGACAGAGAGCAGAAGAAGAGGCUGCAGACGCCAGAGACGCCCUGCAGAAGUCCAGGGAGUGUGUGUUGCAUCUCUCGUCCUCUGAGUGUGUGUUGAAGCGGGAGGUGGAGGAAGGGCGGGACGCUCUGGACAAAAUGGCCGCCCUGACAUCGGCUCUGGCCUCAGACAAGAGAGACCUGAACAAACAGCUGCUUCAGCUGGAGUGUGAGCUGUCAGACAGCCAAUCACAGCUGCAGGCUCUGAGGUCAGAGGUCAGUUCUCUGCAGAGGGAGGUCAAAACCCUCAAACUGGACUGCAGCCAGCUCAGAGUGCAGAGAGAGGUGGAGGCCAACAUCGUCCGUCAGCUGAGAGAAAGAGAGACAGAGACGGAGAGAUUAAUGGAGGGGAAUGAGAGACAGUUGGUGCUCCUCACGGAGGAGAGAGAGAGGGAUGGGGGUCAGCUGGAGGAGCUGUCCUCCCAGCAUGCCUCAGUUUGCGGGGAGCUGAAGGAGGUGCAGGAGCAGCUGCGCCAGGCGGUGGAGGAGGUGAGGAGGAGAGACAGGCAGCAGGAGGAGCAGCAGAGGGAGAACAGGAGGUUGCAGGAGGAGCAGGACAGUGUGCAGAGACACAGGCAGCAGCUGGAGGAGGAGCUGCAGGAGCUCAGGUCUCUGUCUAUGUCUCUCCACCAGCAGCUCAGCCAGCAGCAGAAGCAGCUCUCACAGGCAGAAGUGGACAGAUGUCAGCUGACCACACACAUACACACUCUGCAGCAGUCCAAAGAAACCCUGCAGGGGGAGAUCCUGUGUCUGAGAGGAGAGCUGGAGGGAGCAUCGGCCGGGAGAGAAGACGAGAGAGGGAGGAGCAGCGAGGAGGAGAGGGAGACGCUGAUGGAGGAGAUGGAGAAGCUGUUGGAGGAGCUGAGGAGGAGGAGGGAAGAAGAAGAAGAGGAGUGGAGGGAGGAGAGGGAGGCCUGGCAGAGAGAGAGGGAGGCCCUGAGCGCGGAGCUGGGGACAAGGGAUGGAGAGGUGGAGGCACUGAGGAGGCGCCUAGAGGGACUCACGGAGGAGAAGGAGGAGAGACAAAGAGAGGUGGAGAGACUGACGGAGGAAGUGACGGAGAGGGAGGCGCAAAUCAGCCGCAUGGUGGAGGAGAUACAGCUGACGGAGAGACUGCAGGAGGAGGUGAAGAGGACGAAGAUCAGGAUGAGAGAGGAGGAGGUGAAGAGAGAGGAGGAGAUCGAGGCGCUCUGUGACCGGAUGGAGAGAUUGGAAAGAGAGAAGGAGGAGAGAAAGGAGGAGAUGGACAGACUGAGGAGCAAGUCAGAGAAGGAGGUGGAGAGAUGGAGGAAGAGGGUGGAGGAGGUAGAGGAGGAGAAUAAUAGACUGAGAAAAGAAACCUCCAAACUUAAGGAGGACAGAGAGGAGGAUAAACUGCAGGACGAAGAGGACGAAAGGAGGAGGAGAAGGGAGGAGGAGGUGGACAGACUGAGGAGCGAGUCAGAGAAGGAGGUGGAGCGAUGGAGAAAGAGGGUGGAGGAGGUGGAAGAGGAGGUUAACAGAUUAAGAAAAGAAACCUCCAAACUAGAGGAGGAAAGGAGAGAGAAGGAGAAACUGCAAGACAAGGAGUUGGAAAUGAGGAGGAGAAGGGAGGAGGAGGUGGAACGACUGAGGAGUGAAGCGAGGAUAGCGGAAGAGGAGGAGGACAGACUGCUGGAGAAGGUGGGGGAGGUGGAGCUCUUGAGGGUGAGGCUGAAUGUGGCCACGGAGGAGUGUGAGGAGAUGAAGGAGGAGGUGGAGCGGAGGGAGCGCAGCCUGGAGCGACAGAUGAGCGCCGUGAGGGAGAGGGAGGAGGAGGUAGAGGAGCUGAAGGAGCGACUGAGACUGGUAACAGAGCGAGAGGAGGAGGGAGCGAGGGAGCAUCAGGAGGCGAACGACAAACUGAAGCAGAAGGAGGCGAAGGUGGAGCAGCUGGAGGAGCUGCUGAAAGAAACCCGGGUGCUCCUUCACAAAGAGAGGAAGGAGGGAGGAGAAAAAGACAACAGGAUCUCCUCCCUGGCCAGGGAGCUGCAGGAGGCUCAGGCCGAAAGCGAGGGAGCGAGGAGGAGAGCCAGAGUGAAGGAGGAGGUCCAGGACCGCCUUGAGGAGGAGGUGAAGGAGUGGAGGGAGAAGGCGGAGCUGAGCGUGAGAGAGGCAGCAAAGCUCAGCCAUAUCCUGAAGGAGCGAGAGGAGGAGGCGCAGCAGCUGAGAGACACUCUGGAGGAGAAAGAAGAGGAGGGGAGAGAGAGGGAGGUGCUGAGGAGAACAGAGCUGGAGAGGAGGCGGAGGCUGGAAGAGAAAGUGAGGGAGGUGGAGGAGGAGCGGGAGGAAGAAAGGGAAGCACUGAGGAGAGCCAGGGAGGAAAGGAGGAGGUUGGAGGACAGAUGGGAAGAGAUGGAACAGGAGGUGCAGAAGCUGAGGAGCACAGAGGAGGAAAAGAGGAGGCUAGAAGAUAAACUGGUGGAGACAGAGGAGGGAAGGAAGGGAGAGGAGGAGGUGCUGAGGGGGGUGAGGGAGGACAAGAGGAGGCUGGAGGAGGAGCUAAUAGAGAGGGAGAAAGAAAUGGAGGAACAGAGGGAGAUACUGAGGAGUAAAGAGGAGGAGAAAAGGAGACUAGAGGAUGAACUGAGGGAGUUGAAAGAGGAGCGAGGGAGACUAAUGGAGGCUGAGAGAGGUCAGCACCUCCUGUUGGAGGAGAAAGGGAGGUCCAGAGAGAGAGAGGAGGCAGGACUGUCUAUGGAGCUGAGGAGGAGGGAGAGGGAGGUGACAGCGCUCAGAGAGGAGGUACAGAGGGAGAGGGAUAAGACACAGGAGGAGCUGAGGAGGAGGAGAGAGGAGGUGUCUGUACUUAGAGAGGAGGUAUUAAGGGAACAAAGGAAGAAGGAGGAGGCACAGGAGGAGUUAACAAAGAGGAGAGAAGAGGUGACAGCUCUAGGAGAGGAGAUGCAGAAUGAGCGGAGGAGCAGGGAGGAGGCCCAGGAGGAGCUGAGGCAGAGGGAGGAGGUACAGGAGGAGCUGAGGAGGAGCGAGAGGGAAGUGUCGGUACUUAGAGAGGAGGUACAAAAGGAACAAAGGGAGAAGGAGGAGAUGCAUGAGGAGCUGAUGAAGAGGAGAGAAGAGGUGACAGCUCUCAGAGAGGAGGUGCAGAAUGAGCGGAGGAGCAGGGCAGAGGUCCAGGAGGAGCUGAGGCAGAGGGAGGAGGUACAGGAGGAGCUGAGGAGGAGCGAGAGGGAAGUGUCGGUACUUAGAGAGGAGGUACAAAAGGAACAAAGGGAGAAGGAGGAGAUGCAUGAGGAGCUGAUGAAGAGGAGAGAAGAGGUGACAGCUCUCAGAGAGGAGGUGCAGAAUGAACGGAGGAGCAGGGCAGAGGUCCAGGAGGAGCUGAGGCAGAGGGAGGAGGUACAGGAGGAGCUGAGGAGGAGCCAGAGGGAAGUGUCGGUACUUAGAGAGGAGGUACAAAAGGAACAAAGGGAGAAGGAGGAGAUGCAUGAGGAGCUGAUGAAGAGGAGAGAAGAGGUGACAGCUCUCAGAGAGGAGGUGCAGAAUGAGCGGAGGCAGAGGGGGAAGCUACAGGAUGAGCUGAGGAGGACCAAGAAUGAGCUGACAGUCGUCACAGAGGAGGUGCAGAAGGAAGAGCAGGAGCACGUACAGGAGAAGUUAAUGAGGACAGAGAAGGAGGUGACGGCUCUCAGAGAGGAGGUGAAAAGGGUACAAAGGGAUAAGAAGGAGGCACAGGAGGAGUUAAUAAAGGGGAGAGAAGAGGUGACAGCUCUCAGAGAGGAGGUGCAGAAUGAGUGGAGGCAGAUGGAGGAGAUGCAGGAGGAGCUGAGAAGGACCAAGAACGAGCUGACAGUCCUUACUGGGGAGGUGCAGAAGGAGGAAAGGGAGAAGGAAGAGGUACAGGAGAAGUUAAUUAGGACAGAAAAAGAGGUGACGGCUCUCAGAGAGGAGGUGCAGAAGGAGGAGCUGGAGCAGGAGCAGGUGUCUGAUCUGAGCCGCUGCAGGGAGCGAGCGAGGCAGGAGGUGAAGGAGAAGGAGGAGGAGAAGCAGCAGAUGAGGGAGGGUCUGAGGGCGGCGCUGGAGGAGAUGACCAAGCUGAAACUGCUCCUGCAGGAGAGCCACACAGAGGGGGAGCGCCUGAGGAGCGCUUUGAAGGAGAAGAAAGAGGAGGUGGAGAGGUUCAGAGAGGAGAACCUGCGGACAGCGAGGGAGGAGGUGAUACGAGACAGCGAGGAGGUGGAGAAGGAGAGAGGAGAGGUGGAGGAGCUGAGAGCCAGAGCCAAGGCUCUGGAGAGGAGGAGGAGGGAGAUGAUGGAGGAGCUAGCGGAGGCUCGACAGGCGAAGGAGAAGGCGGAGGAGCAGUGGAGGAGCAAAGUGGAAGAGAUGGAGGAGGAGCAGGAGGCGAAGCUGAAGGCUCUGUUGAGAGAAAUCCAGACGCUGAAGGAGAGGGAGGAGGAGACACUGAAGGAGUGGAGGUCCAGGGUGGAGGAGGCGAGGAGGGAGGUGGAGGAGCAGAAAACACGGCUCUCCUCACUGACUGCUGAGAAAGAGGAGGAGAGAGAGGAGAUGGACGGACAGAAGAGGAGAAACCAAGAGACAGACGACGAGGAGAGAGGAGGAGGAGAGGAGGAGCAGGAGGAGAAAGAAGAGAUGAAGAGGCUGCUGAGGGAGAGAGAAGCUGAGGUGUACGCUCUGACUCAGAGGACAGAGGAGUUGGAGAAGGACCGGGAUCGAGUCCGAUUGGCUCUGGAGCAAACUGAGGCUGCUAUGAUUGGCUAUCGGGAGAGAGCCCACCAACAGGAGCAGAGCGCGGGGGCGGGGCCUAACUCAGAGCAGGCGGUGGCAGACAGACUCGGGGUCCUGCAGCGUCUGGUGGCUGAACUGGAGCUGGAACAGAAACAACUGAAGAAGAAAAUCUCUCAUCAGGAAAAUCAGAAAGAAAAACUGAAGAGAGACAGAAACACUCUGAGAGACACACUGAGACAGGUGGAGGAGGAGCGUUGGAGCUUCAGACAGCAGCUGACUGACAGCAGAUCCGCAGACACCACAGAAGAAGAAGAACGCCUGAAGAGCAGAGUGAAGGAGCUGGAGGACCAGGUGAGUCAGCUGCGGCUCUCAUUGGCUGUCGACCAGCAGCAGAGGGCGGAGUUUAUCCAGCAGUCCUCCAGGAACAGCCAAUGGCUGCUCUCUCUGAGGCACGACCUCGCCGACUCGCUGGACGCCGUCACGCGCCGUCCGGUCCCGUCCGUCCUGGAGACCGAGACGCAGCGAUUGGACCGCAGCCUGAGGGAGGAGGAGCUUAGGAUGUCCCUGAGCCAAUCGUAACGCCUGAAAGAUAAAAACUGUGAACUGACCAAAACCAUCUGCAGCCUGUCGCCAUGGAAACGGCUCAGGUGUUAGAGAGCUGCCUUGUGAUUGGCUGUUGGGGUCUGAACAGAAACUGAACACAGUUAUUAAAGUUACUGCACUCACAGACCAGCUCGGAUAAGCUGAUUGAUUACUGACACAUUAUUGAUCCGUUCUGUGUCCACCAAAUGUUUGCGGACUUAUUUAUUGUCUGUUUGUAUUUAUAUUGUAUUUUAAUUUCUGUCAGACCUCUGAGCCACAAUGCACUACAUUUCCCAUGAUCCUUCGGUCUGAGCUUAUGUGAGGGUCAGAGGUCACAAUGUGUGAAGUUCAAUAAAAAACAAAGUUUUAAUUGUAA